UUUUCCGGCCGUUUUGGCUCACAUAGUUCGCAGCAGCCAGACACACGCAUUUUUCCGUAACGCUUUUGGGAUUGAAAAACAUCACAAAAUUCAAGGAAAAUUACAAAGCUGCCUAAAGGAAAUCCUCCCAAAAGUUACGCGGAAGGACGUGUUGUGUGGUAUAAUCCUGUAGUAGUUGCACGUCGUUGGAGAAAGAAGUUUGUGUAUUCCUAAAAUGGCGUCGUCGGACACAGAAAUGGCCAAUUCCGAGGCUAAUGGGGAGUGCAGCACGAGUCACAAGGAGGGUGAGAUUAAGGACAUGGCUCCAAGUGAUAUGACAUCCAGGGACUACUACUUUGACUCCUACGCUCACUUUGGGAUUCACGAAGAGAUGCUCAAGGAUGAAGUCCGGACGCUCACAUACCGCAAUGCCAUGUAUCACAAUAAGCAUCUCUUCAAGGGCAAGGUGGUCCUUGAUAUUGGUUGCGGUACGGGAAUUUUAUCGAUGUUCGCCGCAAAAGCUGGGGCAUCGAAGGUCUUUGCAGUGGAAUGCUCCAACAUUGUGGACUAUGCAAAGAAGAUAAUUGAGGUUAAUAAUCUGGCUGAGGUGAUAACGGUGGUGAAGGGAAAGGUGGAAGAGGUGGAACUUCCGGGAUGUACUGAGGUGGACAUAAUUAUUUCCGAAUGGAUGGGCUAUUGCCUCUUCUACGAAUCCAUGCUGGACACGGUGCUCUUUGCUCGCGAUAAGUGGCUCCGACCGGAUGGAAUGAUGUUCCCGGAUCGGUGCAGUCUCUUCAUCACGGCCAUCGAGGAUCGGCAGUACAAGGAUGAGAAGAUCAAUUGGUGGGAUGAUGUGUAUGGCUUCAAUAUGAGUUCCAUACGCAAGGUGGCCAUCACGGAGCCCCUUGUGGAUGUUGUGGACCCCAAGCAGGUGGUGUCGAGUGCCUACCUCGUCAAGGAGAUCGAUUUGUACACAAUACAAAAGUCCGAUUUGGAAUUUGAUUCACCCUUCAGGCUGAUUGUGAAGCGAAAUGACUUUGUUCAGGCACUCGUGACGUACUUCACGGUGGACUUUACAAAGUGCCACAAACGCUUGGGCUUCAGCACUGCCCCCGAAGCUCCGUACACGCACUGGAAGCAGACUGUUUUCUACUUUGAUGAGUACAUGACGGUGAAGAAGGGCGAAGAGAUCUACGGGACGUUCCGUAUGAAGCCAAAUGCGAGAAAUAAUCGCGAUUUGGACUUUAACAUUGAUAUCCACUUCAAGGGGGAACUAUCAGAGAUGCACGAACAGAAUCACUACAGAAUGCGUUAAGUCCUUUCCCACCCCCUAACAAAAACAACAACAACCAUCUCUAGAACAUCUCCCUCCUGCCACGUAAGUUUUCUUUUUAACUGUCUUUCCUGGCUCUCCUUUCACCCCUCGCGGGCACCACUAUCCUUCACAUUCUCCAUGUAUAUUCAAUAUACAUCGAAAAAGAAUCUUGAGCAAUUGUCCUCCCUCUCUCUUCCCAAUAAAACGUUCUGCAGAGAGGGCAUUUUGCUGGAAAGAAAAGGCGCAUGAUGAAGAUGGUGUGAUGAAGGGAAAAUUUAAGAGAAGAAAAAUCCAUAAAAUUCGUAUUUAAAAAAGGAAAAAAAUCCCAUAGAUAUCACGCGGUAGUAGAACUGCGAUAAAAAAAUUGAGAAACUUAAUUUCAGAGGAUUAAUAGUUAAGGGGAUAAUUAAUUGUAUUUUUUAUUUUUAACGGAAAUAUAAUCUUGAUUCAGAUAAAAA